AUCUCACCGCUUCAUAACAAAAAAAAAAAAACUGAUGACAGAUACCAGAGUCAUCUCGACCUGGACCGAGUUCACUCGCAACUCAGCCAUUUACUUGCUAUUCACGUUUGUCACCAUCAAAGUCUUCAAAUUUCUCUUCUGCAAUUCUCGUACCUCCGAAAUGUCAUCUUUUUCGAUGGCGACUCAUCCCGAAGCUCUCCGGCGAGAGCGAAUUCUCAACAGCAGACUCUACUUUGACGUCCCUCUUUCUAAGGUUUCGAUUAUCUAUUCAUCGGCGUAUGACAUCUCGUUCAUGGGUAUUGAGAAAUUGCACCCAUUUGAUUCUACCAAAUGGGGUCGAGUUUGCAAGUUCCUUGUUUCAGAUGGGUUUUUGGAAGAGAAGUCAAUCGUUGAGCCUCUUGAAGCUUCAAAGACUGAUCUUUUAGUGGUUCAUUCGGAGAACUACUUAAACAGCUUGAAAAGCAGUGCUACUGUCGCUAGGAUAGCUGAGGUUCCACCAGUUGCCUUUUUUCCAAAUUUUCUUGUGCAGCAGAAAGUUCUUUACCCAUUCAGAAAGCAGGUUGGUGGGACGAUUCUUGCGGCCAAACUAGCAACAGAGCGUGGAUGGGCAAUAAACAUUGGAGGAGGUUUUCAUCAUUGUACUGCAGAAAGAGGAGGCGGAUUUUGUGCAUUCGCUGAUAUUUCUCUCUGUAUUCACUUUGCAUUUCUUCAUCUAAGAAUAUCAAGGGUUAUGAUAAUAGAUCUUGAUGCUCAUCAAGGGAAUGGCCACGAAACAGAUCUUGGCGAUGACAAUCGCGUUUACAUUCUGGAUAUGUACAAUCCCGGGAUAUACCCUUUAGAUUAUAGCGCUAGGAGAUUUAUCGAUCAGAAGGUUGAGGUCGCGAGUGGAACCACCACAGAAGAGUAUUUGAGGAAACUAGAUGAAGCCCUUGAGGUUGCUUCGCGAAAUUUCCAACCAGAGUUGGUAAUUUACAAUGCUGGGACAGAUAUCUUAGACGGAGACCCUCUGGGGCUUCUAAAGAUAAGCCCUGAUGGCGUAACAAGUAGAGACGAGAAAGUCUUCAGAUUUGCGAGGGAGAAAAAUAUUCCUCUUGUGAUGCUGACUUCAGGUGGGUACAUGAAGUUGAGCGCCAGAGUUAUUGCGGAUUCCAUUGAGAAUCUCUCACGUCAAGGGUUAAUCCAGACACGGCCGGAAUGAGUUUCCACUCGAACUGUCAUAGAGCCAAAACAGAGUUUCGAUGGUUUUUACGUCUGUGUAGUGUAUAUUUGUAUAGAGAGAUACGAGAGAGACCCUUCUGACGUGUUCGUCGUUUGUGUUGUGUGUAAGUAAUAAUUAGUGUCAAUCUUUCCUUACUUCGAUCUGAUUGAUCAAACAAAGCAAUACAUGUACUUUUACAGAGUAUAAUAGAAUGGAUAGGAAAGUUUAGCAA